AUGGCGAGUUCUUUUGUAUUGCUGUUAUUUUCACUGCUUGCAUGUAAUGGCUACAAAAUUCUUGUAUAUUCACCGAUUAUUUGGUAUUCUCAUACAAAUUUUAUGGGCACUCUUGCGGACAUCUUAACCGAGGCAGGACAUAAUGUGACCGUAUUGAUGCCAUUGAUGGAUCCGGCCCAAAAAGAUAAGACCGGACUGAAAAUCACGAAAAAUAUCAUAAUGGUUCCCACAGAUCCCCGAGUCUUACGAAUGAAAGAGUUUGAGAAGGAUAUUCUGAGCGAUAUUUGGAAUAUGAAACCGAGCAUCUUUGAACUCAAUCGUGCCUGGGCUGCUACGAACAUGCAAGCGAUGUUCCCAUUUCAGUGCGAAAGAGUAAUUAAUGACAAACCACUUAUGGAGCGCUUGGAGAAGGAAAAAUUUGACCUAGGUAUGGCUGAGUUUAUCAGCGCGUGUGGACUAGGAAUUAUUGAAGCGGUGAAAAUUCCAGCGUCUGUAGUAGUAUAUUCUGUAGUUUAUCAUGAUCUUAUAGCACAACUCAUUGGCGAACCUUCCAUUCCAAGCUAUGUGCCUGGUUACAUGUCUGCUUCGAGUGAUCGGAUGAAUCUAUUAGAACGAUUCAAGAAUGCAGUGGAUAUGAUUUUUGGUCAUAAUUUUUUUCUCAAUAUGUAUCGGCGUGAAAUUGAAGUUAUUCGUGCGAGAUUUGGCUCUGAUUUCAAAAACUAUGAGCAACUUGUUGUUGAAUCCUCACUUGUUUUAUCAAACUCCAAUCCAUACCUCGACUUCCCUCGCCCAAUGCUCUACAAAACUGUACCAAUUGGAGGAAUUAGCUUUUCGAAACGUAUCGAAAACAACAAACUUUCGGAGAAAUGGAACACUAUCUUAGACAAACGCAACCGUACCGUUUUGGUGUCUUUUGGAACUGUGAUGAAAGCAAUCUUUAUGCCAGAACAAUACAAGAAGACAUUACUUGAUGUUUUCAAAAGCAUGCCCGAGACAACUUUCAUUAUGAAAUAUGAAGAAGAAGAUUCGAAGAUAGUCAAUCACCUUCCAAAUGUUUAUUUAGCCACAUGGUUGCCUCAAAAGGAACUGCUUGCUGACCCACGGGUCACCGUUUUCGUCACUCACGCAGGACUUGGCAGCACUACCGAAAUAGCAUACACAGGAAAAGCGUCUCUACUUAUUCCAAUUUUUGCUGAUCAACUAAGAAACGCUAAUAUGCUUGCUAGACAUGGUGGAGCAAUAGUGCUGUCUAAAUUCGACCUGGAAAACAAGGAAAAAUUGAAGGACAGUUUACGUAGCCUACUUAACGAUGAACGCUAUUCUCAAAAUGCUAAACGCUUAUCGGAAAUGCUUCGUAACCAACCUAUCAGCCCCAAGGAACUUUUCAUUCGACACAUCGAAUUCGCAGCAAGGUUUGGGCGCUUGCCGAAUCUGAUUUCCUACGGAACACAGCUGUCCUUCCUACAAUACUAUUUUCUGGAUAUAUUCUUAGCGUUCUUUCUGACUAUUAUAGCUGCUAUCUACCUAAUAUUUAAGACUUUCAGUAAAUGUUUUCAAUCGUCACCAAAGAUAAAGAAUGAUUGA